UCUUUGAUGGAACAGGGAGCUGUGAGCCUGGAGCCUGUCCCUCUCCAACACGGGAAACACGGGGGUGGGGAAGAAGGGCAUGAUGGCCCAGCGGAGCUGUGCCCGGUGAGAGCGUCGGUCAUAGUAGCUCGGCGAUGAGGAAACGAUCGCUAAAGGAGUGGCUAGGCCAGAGAAGAGAAGAACUGGGGAGAGGAAGAUGAGGGCUUUGGGCGGGAUGGCAGCGGGUUUCUCGGCCGACGACGAGCUCCGACACAAGGGGAAUAAGAAGGAUAAGGGCGGCAAUCGAAGUCUUGGGACCACGCUCCGAUGAGGUGUUGUGACCACGAAUCCGGGCGGCGGCACAAAGACAGGCAUGGUCAGCCCAAGUAGAGAAAGGAAGAUGGAGGAGAUCGUGGUGGUCUUGGCAAUUGGGGAAGGAGAAGAAAUAGAGGGAGGAGACCAAAGAUUCCGCGAUCUCCUGGAGUCCAACUUUUCCAAAAUGGUGAGGGAAAAUCGGGUACCAGCGGAGGAUUUUUGCCGGAAAAGGAAAGAAGUUGGUGGUGCUCCGGUGAAAUCAUGCGGCUCUGCCUCCCUCGCAAUGAGCAUCGCGGCCGAUUCCGCCUAGCCAGCCCGAGCCGAGCUGCCCAGAUCAAAACAGAGCCAUCACAAGUCCUAUUUUGUAGCAUACAUGCAUGUCCAUCUUAAUCAGCUAAUUGGCUGAUUUAGAUGAGUAUAAUUAGUUAUUUUGUAAAAGAAAGUACAUUCCAUGGAGACAAGCCAUCUUUUUAGCAGGAGCGAUAAUGAGACCAGCAGGAAGUCAAAGUCAGGCAGGCAACUCUAAGCAUAAGCUUCAGGUAGGUUCUACUUCUGCUAUAAAUCUUAACGUGUCUCCUUAACAUUACUCGUUUGCUGAAGGACAAUCCUCACCACGGAAGGUGGUGUAUUGAAAACAAAUAUUUAAGCAUGCAUAGAAUUUCCGACCUAACAGGUAUCAAGCAUCCAAAGAAACCUUUAAAAGUUUGGAUGGUUUUGAAUCACGACUACCUAACAGGUAUCAGUAUAAUAACCAUUAUAUUCAAAUCUUAUUUACUCAUAAGCCCUUUCUAUGUUGUAGUCUUCCAUUCCUGCUAUAUUCUAUAUUUCUAAUAAGGCUAUGAGUGCAAUGAUAUGCUUAUUACUUCCUUGGAAAGCUAACAUUUUGUCGAUUAGGAAAUAGAUAUGUCGGUGUAGCAGCAUUUUAAUUUACAUAUCAUAAUAAUAGAGAAAUAGAGUGUAAUCAUAUUGGUCAAAUGUUUCCUUGAGGCCAACAACCCAACCGAGCAAAUUCCAGACCUCCGGCCCGAUUGAGGACCUCAUGGAUGAACCAUGAACCAUCCAAUGGAGUGGUGGUUACCUUCCAAGGAGCAAGGAGCCAUCUAUUAAACUUUCUAAGUGGGUCCUCUGGAUUCACCAACCUUAUGGAUAUCCACCUUCCCCCUUACACAAAUGGUGGUUGCCUCUUGGUCCAAGUAAUUUCAGAGCUAUCCACUCUGGAUCAAACCUCUGUCAGUAAAAUUACAUUCAAAGUAGAGUUAACUUAUACAAAAAUAAAAAUAAAAAAUAAAAAAUGAAGACUCAACCUAGCCUUGUUUGACAAAAGUAAAUGCUCAUAUUUCUAAUACAAACAAAUUCUUAACAUUGGCUUUUAAUAAUCUUGGUGGGUGUUUAAGCCAUUUUUUCUCUAUUUAAAAAACAAUGGUGGAAUCACCUGUUGGAUGAAAAGCAUGGGGAACAAUACCAAGAAUUGAACCUAGAACAUCCUUCCACUUAUAUACAAUGAUUAAUAUAUUUCAAUAAAGAAGAGCAAAAUUAUCUAUCUUGUAGCGCAUUUACAUCCAUGUUUAGUGGUUAGGUUACCCCAACAAUAUGGUAAAAAAGAAACCAAAAGAACAGUCUCAGCCAGUCAAUUAAUAUCAUAUCAGCCUAAAUCUUUUGAAAUGGUAAAAUCCAUAUUUUACAGAUAUUACAUUCAUGGAGGUCGGAUACAAACAUAGAGUUAUCUUGUCCAAGAUCAAGAUGAUGGUACCAAUAGAUCCCAAUCUGCUUAGGUUGGUCCAGAACAUGUAACAUCACCUGAGGCAUCAUGUUACGAUCGUACUCGACCGCUAUAUAUCCUGACCUGGUCCGAAAACUUGUUUAUAAACCUCAAUUAUUAGAUGUCAACAUGAUUGCUAAAUUUUUUUUUUUUUGAUAUAGUGAUAAUAAUUAGUUAACCAGAAUGAGAUCCUAAUCAUAGGCACCGAGUAUCAUUCCGAGGCCAAAAUUCUGUCGUCCAAUAGAGCUGGAUUUAUGCCUAUUUUUGACUAAUUAGAUAUAUGUCAAGAGUAUCAUAUCUAUUUUUGAUUGAAGGGGAGGAGCAGGGCAUCAUAUGAUUUUCCUAUAGCCUAUUACAUCUGCUGUUACAUAACUAUGUUAUAAAGUUUAGAAACAGUAAACACCAUUAACAUCAUCAUCAUCAUCUAUAUUAUACAAUUGUGAGGAGGCUGGUAUAUUGAACUUUGUCUCUUCUUUUAGAUGUUUGUGGACCUGUGGUCCAUGGAAAUCGGAUGGUUCACUGAAUUGAGGGAUGCUCACAUCAUGGUUACACGAGGUGACAUCACCAUCCUUCUUUCAAGUUUGACAGCUAAAGGACCGGAUCCCAAGUCUUUUCCCCUUCUGAUUCUUUUGGACCGGACUUCUGAAAAUUUCUUCAUCACUCUCCAAUGAAGUCCAUCACCCAUAGAUCUCAUCAUUUUACGUGUAAGGAAGGACAACUCACCUCCCUCACGUCCCACUCAUUACCUUGAGCAACGUUUCCGAAGCAAGUCGUUGCAUGCUUGUUCCCUUCCUAAUAUAUAGCCCAUAUGGAAGGAAAGCAUAAGAAUAGGAAGGUGGGAGGAUUUCCACAAAUCUUUACGUGUACAUUAUAUCAUGAUGAUGGGAAUGAUGAGGGGGUGGUGCUCCCUUAUAAUUCUAGCAUCCUGUUUUGACCCUCUGCAAUCAAAACAGCCAUAUUUCUUGGUCUCCCUCCUCCCUCUCUCUCUCUCUCUCUCUGUGUCUUCUCUUUUAGAAGCAAUAGCAAGAGCAUCACCAUCAUCAUGUCCACAACCACUGCUGUUGAGGGUGGGUUGGAUCAUGAGACCACCCCACCCUUUGAGAGGCCCAGAUAUGUGCUCAAGAAAGUUCUUGCCGAGCCCCGACAGGAGGGUGAGGGAGCGAUUGUUAGAAGAAGCGUUGGAAGGACAGAGUUGAAGAAUUUGGAUCCUUUCAUCUUGUUGGAUGAGUUUUUCGUUUCUGCACCUGCUGGAUUUCCCGAUCAUCCUCAUAGAGGUUUUGAGGCUGUCACCUACAUGCUUCAGGGAGCUUUCAGUCACCAAGACUUCACUGGGCACAAAGGCACCAUCAGGACUGGGGACUUGCAGUGGAUGACUGCUGGUAGAGGAAUCAUUCAUUCAGAGAUGCCUGCCGGUGAGGGAGUCAAUCAUGGACUGCAACUUUGGAUCAAUCUCUCCUCCAAAGAUAAAAUAAUCGAACCUCGAUACCAGGAGCUGCAGAGCAAAGACAUAAGCAGGGUUGAGAAAGAUGGAGUCGAUGUCCGAAUUAUAGCAGGGGAAGCCUUUGGAGUCAGCUCACCGGUGGACACCCGAACUCCGACAAUGUAUCUGGAUUUCAUGCUGAAACCGGGAGCACAGGUCCACCAGCGAAUCCCCGAGAAUUGGAAUGCCUUUGUCUACAUCAUCGAGGGAGAAGGCAUCUUUGGGAACUCGAAUGCAUCCCCUGUGACAUGCUACAAUGCAUUGGUGCUGAGCCCUGGAGAUGGUCUCAGUGUGUGGAAUCGUUCAGUGAAGCCUUUGAGGUUUGUUCUGGUCGGUGGGCAGCCAUUGAAUGAGCCUGUAGUCCAGUAUGGACCUUUUGUUAUGAACACACAGGAUGAGAUAGAGCAGACCAUUGAGGACUACCACCAGUGCAAAAAUGGAUUUGAGAAGGCCAAGCACUGGAAGUCUCAGCCUUAGCUGCAUUAGAGUGGGACAUGAGAGCUCUAGUGUGUUUGGGCCCAUAGAGCAUAAAAUAGGUAGUGAGGAGAAGUGUCAACACCCAACAAUAUCAGUAGGGGAUGACAAGCCUAUAGUCCACAGGAUGGAGAGUUUCUAGAAUCACUGGGGACGCAGGUGGUUGAGUGGGGAUGGUGAAAGCAGAGUCAUCAUUGGUGAGGUGAUUGUUUUCUUGAUUUCCAAGGAAGUUUUUGCCUCAUCAUAUUGGAGAUGGUACUUUUUUUUUUACUGGUAUAAGAUAUCGUUACUGUUAUUA